AUGGAUAGCCCCUCAUUGGACGUGAUCAUCUCGUCAUUGGCCCCAUCACCGCCAGCUGCAGCACCGAGCGGAUCGGAGUCUCUCCCACUAGAAGAGCAAGAUGCUCUCUUGAGUGCCUUGCAGGACGUCUUGCGAAAUGCCGAAGCAGGAGGCCAAAUCACAAAGGCUUCUGACGCUCUGGACUCCACAUCCUCUGCCCAGGUAGGCCCGGAUUUUGAGACAGUGCGGGGCAUCCUAGAUAAGUUGUGGGCAUGCGGUUCCCCUUUGAUGGUUCAAGCUGCGGAAUUGUUGGCCAACGGGAGCAGAAACUCUUCUUGGCGGUAUUCCUACGGGCGUGCGGGGAUCUUGGGCUUCUUCCUGCAGCUUAUCGCUUCGCAUGAAGCUAUUGAUAAUAGCUUGAUUCUUCAUUCUUUGCGCUUGGUUGGGAAUUCCUGCGCUGACGCGGAUGAAAAUAGAGCCCUGGUCGUGGAUGGUAACUAUACCGCAGCGAUUGUCCGGCAUUCGCUGAAUCCCGAACUUAUCAAUGUGGUCAUCCCUGUUGUAUACAACACGUGCAUUGACUACGAGCCUGCCCAGGCCCAGCUGGCGGCGAACAGAAUAGUAUAUAUCCUACUGAGCCUGAUCACCAAGGGGGUGUUCAAGGAAAAUGAAGCGCUCCUUGACUUUGUCUACGAGCUUAUAGAUCUGACUGGCGAGCAAGAACAAAGCAUCGAGAACUUGCCAAUUGGGACGAUUUCCCUCUUGACCGCGCUUGCACUUGAUGCGACUGCGACUGCUAAACCCAUGCACUUUGCUUCCCUGGUCAAUUGUCUCAUGGCGUAUUUGGAGAAUGCUAGAUUCCAAGAAGCCUGCAUCUCAAAGCACAUGGUUCCUGAUCUUCUGUCCAUCCUUCAACGGUCAAUCACCAUCAGGACCGACGCUUCUGACGAGGACAUCCAGACAUUGGCACAACUGCAACUGAAGAUCAACCAGACGUUAUCAGAGGUGUCCUCCUCCCCGUCGUUCACAACGGUGUAUCCGCUGGACUCCCCUCUCACAGAGACCUUGGCAUCGUGGCUCUCAACAGCAGACGACCAGCUCCAGAUCUGUUCUUGCGUCAUGCUAGGCAACCUAGCACGAUCAGACGAAGCAUGCGAGAAGAUCGUCCGCGACCUACAGAUCCACCAGAAAUUAAUAGACAUCCUCAAGAGCGACGCGCGCGGCGCCGUCCUCCACUCAUCCCUUGGAUUCUUGAAGAACCUGGCAAUCGCCGGCGACAACAAGCUCCGUCUAGGCGAGGCCGGGAUCGUCCCUGCUAUAUCGCGCCUGUGGGCCUACGACACCGUCCCGCAAGUGCAAUUCGCGGCCAUAAGUCUCACACGACAGCUACUUAUCUCGUCGAAGGAGAAUAUCUCCCGCGUGCUAGCCACAGUCCCCUCAGACGAAGCCUCGUCAGACCAAAGCGCCACGUACCUGUCACUGCUUCUCUCCGCUUUCGAAAAGACAGACUCAACCCCGAUCAAGAUCGAAGUCGGCCGUAUCAUCGCCUCCCUGUGUCGCUCUAUCCUAACAGCGUCCCGGGACCAAGACACCCCCGCCGACGAUCUGCACGAACGCCUCUUCGGUCCGCACGAGCGCAUCUCUCUUCCCCUCGGCGCCAUGGUCACCCAGACACAGUGGCCUGUUGUGCGCAGCGAGGGCUGGUUCGCCCUUGCAUUGAUGGCGUCCCGCAAGCCCGGCGCGGGGGCCGUCAUCCACUGCAUGGAGACGAUGGAUUUGUUCCCUAUACUUGAGGAAACUAUUAACUCGGGUGUGUCUGUGUCUGCUGAGAAAACGGAGAAUCCGCAAUUGAAUAAGGAUUGUGAGAAUACAAUUAUCCUGGUGCAGGAGCUGGCUAAGAGCGAUUCUGACGCGCUGUCCGCGUCUCAUCGGGAUAUGAUUGAGAAGAUCAAGAGCGAUCAGAUUCCACGGUACUUGGCGGCGAGUAGACAGGCUUGA